CACAGCUAUUGGCUAAAAUUUCCCGCCACGAGAGGAGCGUGAGUUAUGUUAUGAUCAGACCGGCCAUUGUUAAGUACAACGCGAAAGAUUGUUUAUAGCUCCUGAACGACAAAGAUGGGGCUGUCAGAGGAAGGCGAGGAUAAUGUUGAGAAACGCUUCGAAGACUUAUGUCUGGAACUGAACAUGGACCAAAGUGCAAAAGAAGAGGCAUGGGAACAUUACGAGAGAAUAAACACAAAUUACACGUUGGAGGGAGACACCAUUCACUGGUUAGCUUGCGCGCUGUAUCAUGCUUGUCGGCGUACGGUCAUUCCGACCGUCGGUCGAGGGGUUAUUGAGGGAAAUUGCGUCUCCCUGACGCGACUCCUGCGAUCUGCCAAGCUUAGUCUUCUCCAGUUUUUCAACAAGAUGAAGAAGUGGGCCGACAUGGCCAACUUUGCACAAGAAUUCCGUGACAAGGUGGACAGAUUGGAACGCAACUUUGCCGUCUCUACGGUGAUUUUCAAAAAAUUUGAGCCAAUAUUUUUGGAUAUAUUUAAGAAUCCUGCUGACGACCCUCCUAAACAGGUCAGGAGUAGGAAACAGAGGCGCCUGCCUUGUACUCCUUCUGAUGUGUUCAAUUUCUGUUGGACCAUGUUUGUCCAAGUAAAAGGAAAUUUCCCAGCAAUAAGCGACGAUCUGGUGAACUCGUACCACUUGCUCCUGUGUUGCGUAGACUGGUUCUUUGGUAACGCCUUAUUAGCAAAUCGCCAGGAUCUGCUCAGAGGUGAUUUUGCAGGACUCCCAGAAAACUACCACAGCAAAGACUUCAAGCCUCCCACAGAUAUUCCUUGUAUCAUACAGCUGCUGUGUGAGAAACAUGAAGGUCUCACAGUGGAGGCCAAGGGGAUAAAAGAACACUGGUGGAAGCCUUAUAUUAAGAAGCUUUUUGACAAAAAGACACUAAAAGGGAAGUCUGAGACAUUAACAGGAAUUUUAGAUGUUGGAAGUUUUGAAGCAAAUAGUAAAGCAAUAAAUAAUGCCUACGAAGAAUACGUCCUAGGGGUCGGGGAUUUUGACGAGCGCAUCUUUCUGGGCGAGGACGCGCAUGAGGAGAUUGGGACACCCGCCAAGUUACAAGUUUACAAUCCAGGAGAGCUUUCGGAGAAAAUGCGGAAUCUUCAUCAAAACUUUGAUAGUUCCAAGAUCCUUGCCCCCUCAACCCCACUUACAGGGAGGCGGUACUUAAAAGACAAGGACCCGUCAGUCACUCCUGUAUCCACGGCAACACAAAGCGUUAGCAGACUACAGGCACUACUGUCAGGAAGAAAGACAAGCCCAAGUGAAGAGUUACUGGAGAUUUUUGGGGACUGCUCGAAGGACCCAACAGAAGAUAUUAUUCAGAGGGUGAAAAAAAUGGGAGAGGUUUUCUGUGAAAAUUAUGCCAAGCCAUCAGAAGACCAUCCUGGUUCUCACAUAGACUUUGCCAAGAAGAGGCUACAGCUCGGAGAGAGCCUGUAUUAUAAAGUACUGGAGAAUGUGAUGGUGAAUGAAAAAAGGCGACUGGGUGUAAAAGAUGACAGAUUUGAUUUUACGAACCUACUUGAGCAAGAUGUGUUUCAUAAGUCCCUCUUUGCCUGCUGCCUGGAAAUAGUGAUAUUUUCUUACAAUUCACAGAGAACUUUCCCAUGGAUUGUGGAUAUAUUUGACCUUAGUCCUUACUACUUUUACAAAGUGAUAGAAGUAUUAAUCAGGGCGGAAGACGGUCUCUCAAGAGACGUGGUGAAACAUCUAAACCAUAUUGAAGAAAGCAUCCUAGAGAGUUUAGCGUGGAGGAUGGAUUCACCUCUAUUUGACGCCAUCAAAGCCCAAGGUGGAGUUCCAACUUGCGAAGAGGUGGCGCUGCCUAGCCAGAUAGAUGGUGGGUCCUCCAGUGGUACGUCUAAUCUGCUAAGUUCUCCCAUCAUGCACCCCCAGCUCAGGAGAGUCAUGGGAGAGAGCAGGGUGCAAAUUAAAAAAGUUGAGCCCAUGCAGUCUCCGACUGGUCCAUCUGCUGCAGAUCGCUUCAGUUCGCCUGCUCCAGGAUCAGCCAAGAGGCGUCUCUUCACUGGGGGCAGCGUUGGGACCCAAGCACAGCAGAUCAUUACACUACAGCAGGCACAGACAUCAGAUGGCAGACAGAUACUGAUCCCAGUCAGCAUCAUCCCCAGUUCUAAUACCAGUGGUGGAGAUGGUUCUUCACCGGCAUCCAAGGGGGCCACGUCUGCCAAAACGAACAAAGCCAAGAAGGGCGGAUCUUUAGCUUUGUUCUUUAGAAAGGUUUAUCACAUGGCCAGUAUCCGUCUAAAAGACCUGUGUGACAGGCUAGAAGUGAACGAAGACCUGAGGAGAAAGAUGUGGACCUGUUUCGAGCAGUCACUUGUCCAUCAAAUAGAAUUAAUGCGGGACAGGCACUUAGACCAACUCAUCAUGUGUGCCGUUUAUGUUAUGGCAAAGGUUUCUGGACAAGACCAAUCAUUCCAGGAAAUCAUGAAACUGUAUCGUCUUCAGCCCCAGGCUCAGAGUCAUGUGUACAGAAGUGUGCUGCUGAAAAGUCGAGCUCGUCACUCGUCAGGGGGCAGUAAUAGCAGCAACGGUGCCAGCGGCUCUUCCUCUCCAGUUAAUAUCGAGGAACAGAAUAGGGAAAAGGAGAAAAAGAGAACAGAGCGCUUGAGUUCCAUCCGUUCCUCCAGCACCUUACCUGUUCCCCAUCCAAGCAGCCAGCCUCCCACACCUACUCGCCUCACAGGGACGGGAUCUGUGUUCGAGUUUGAGGAACGAGGAGAUUUGAUCAAAUUUUACAACUCUAUUUAUGUAAAAAAGAUGAAAACAUUUGCAUUGAAAUUCAGCAAUAAAGAAGGGCAAACGGCUCCCCCACUGUCCCCCCUUCCACAGCCACGCAGACACCCGACUUCCCCGCGUCGAGUGUCCAGCAAACACGCCGUGUACAUCUCUCCUGCCAAACAACAGGGGUCGCCACCUCUCACGCCAACUAGCAGAAUGUUGUACUGUUUUAACAAAAGCCCUGCCAAGGAUUUGCGCGCUAUCAAUAACAUGAUUAGGAUGGGUGAGAGGCACAAACAGAGCAGUUUCACCAGUAAACGUAUCAUUCAGAUUGACGGGGAUGAACCAUCGGGAAGCCCCGCAAAGAAAGUCUGCAUUGAGCCACAGUUUGGGAAACGCAUGCAAGACAUUGUGAAUGAACGUCAAGAAGUGAAUGGAAACAAGUAGUCCAGUAGAGUUUAUGUCGAGUUAGCUAAAAACUGAUGGAGCAGACUUGUGCAAACAAGUCCAAGUAGGAAAUGGGGCAUGCUGGGAAGGCAGUGGAAUCAUGUUUCCAUUUGGAUAUUAUUCAGCAGACAUGGAUUGUAGAUGCUGAUAGGCAGAAUGGCAGUUUGACCAAUUUUAAGGGAGAUUUUGUAAGAUUCUUUGUCCUAAAUCUGCAGGAAUGCAGGUGCCGUGUCCCAGGCUUUUUUAUAGUAAAACAAUCUGUUGAUUUCUUCCAAGGGGAAAAAACUGUGAAAGGGUUAAAUUUUGGAAGAAAAAUGGGUUGAAAUGGAGCCUGCACAUGUUAAAAAACAUACUUUUUAAUUGAUCUCAUUUUUCUGUUUUACAACUGUUGAAAUUCAAAAUUAGCGUAUCAGGGAGGACUAGGCUUAUGCCACAGUGGGCAGAGCAUAUGCCAAAGUGGGUGGAGCUUAUACCUAGCCACUAUAAGCAGGGGUGGAGUUUAUGCCACAGUGGGUGGAGUUUAUACCAUUGCCACAAUGGGUGGAACUUACACCUAGCUACUGUAAGUAGGGGCGGGGUUUAUACUACAGUAGGUAGGGCUUAUACUUAGCCACUGUAAGCAGGGAUGGAGUUCAUGCCACAGUGGGCGGUGCUUAUACCAUUGCCACAAUAAGCAGGCUGACACUGCAGUAGACAAAAGUUAAUGCCACUGUGUGUGAAGCUUUUGCCACAGUAGGCAGAGCUUAUGCCAAAAAAAAAAAACAGGUGAAUCCUCUGUCAUAAUGGGUGGAGCUUAUACCACAGCUGGUAGACCUUAUGCCACAGUGGGUGGAGCCUAUAGUGCCACAGUGGGUGGGGCUUAUGCCACAGCUGGUAGACCUUAUGCCACAGGGGGUGGAGCCUAUAGUGCCACAUUGGGUAGGGCUUAUGCCACAGCUGGUAGACCUUAUGCCACAGUGGGUGGAGCCUAUAGUGCCACAGUGGGUGGAGCUUAUACCACAGCUGGUAGACCUUAUGCCACAGGGGGUGGAGCCUGUAGUGCCACAGUAGGUGGACUCUGCCACAACAUUUGCGAUAGGUCAUGAAAUGUUAUAUUUCCAAAGCCAUUUCCAAGUAGAAAGACUUGCACAUUUGGUUUCUAUUAAGAUCCACUUAGGUUCAGAUGGCCCAACAAUAUGAAAGUAAAUAGGGAGUAUUCAGUUUAGUAAUGCCUCAGUACUAGUAUUGAAUAGGUUGUAUAUUUUUUUGGGUAGCUAUAUCUUGAGAAGAAUAAGAAUGAAUAUAUUGAUGUGCAAUACCUUUUUGCAUGUGAAGUUAUUAAAGUAUGGAUCAUUCUAACAAUAUACGAAGCAGUAGCCAGCUACUAAGGACUCAGGCUUGAAAAUUGGUCUGGCAUUUAAGACCAAAAUUUAGGUCUGCUUUGGUUAAAUAUAAACUGUAUAGUCUACUUAAAUGGUAUUAGUACUGGUUUGCAAGAUAGAUCAUAAUUUUCUUUAUAUGGAGGAAACACAGCAGCAUGUUUAAUUGCACUUUUGCUGAUUUAUGUUCUUUCAAAGCAGAGCUAUGUCUUGGUCUAAAAUUUAGACCAAUUUUGAAGCUUAAGUUGGUUUUUUACAGAAGCACUGAAGGUUAAACUAUUUUGACCAUUAUAUUGACAGACUUUGUAAGAACAUAGUGAUGAAAAGAUAUGCAAAUCCAGCAUGUACAAUGGAGAUGUAUGUUUGAAACUGUUUCAUUUUUCAUAGUUGCUCCAGUGUUAUUUGGUUUCCUUAUUUAUUUUAGAGUAGAAAGAACUCCAGAUAAAAAAGCUAGCUACAAAGGGGUUCAGGAUAUUGAUAUUAGAUGGCCAUUGUCAAGAUAUGCUAUGUGCAUUUUUUUUUUUACUUAAAACAUUGUUUUGAUGGUCUUUUACAACAAUUAUUAUUUACUAAAAUAGAUGCAAAGUUAUUUUAUGAAAAUUAUUACUUUUUUCUUAAUCAGAGAUCAUGCUAAUGUAAUUUGAACAAGGCAAACCAUUAUAAAAGUUAUCAAAAGCAGAAAAAAUGAAUAGUGACCAAAACCUUUUACUGUUGCCUAUUGAAACAAGGGUUGAUUUCACCUGCUAGUUUUAAUACAGAUUUAUUGUUAUUAUUUUAUCAAUUCUAAUUUAUUAUUUACUUUUAGUUAAGUGGUUUGAAAUAGGUUAAAAAGGAUGGUUUAACCUAAACAUUUCAGAAGUGGGUUAUAACUGGGCUGAGAUCCACUUUAACCCAUGUGUGUACACUUGGUCAAACCUACCUACAGUAAAGAGAAAAAGGAUGGUUUUAUAAAACUUUUCCAGAAGUGGGUUGUGUCCCACUGCAGUGGUUUAAACCACCUAUAUAACGCGAAGGGGCCGGUUUCAUCUCUUAGUUUCAAUUUGAACCUUUUGAGUUUAAACUGGGUUAAAGCGGUCCCAUGCGUUUGUAAGAGGGCCAUUUGCUCUUUUAAACUUCAUCAAGAGCUUUAUUUCAUUAAAUUGGGUUAAAUCCCAAUAUAAGCCCAGCAUUACAGAUCGUAUUUUAAAACCAGAUUUGAAACAGAGAUAUGAAAUCGGCACAUAGGGAGCUUAUAUUUUCUAUCCAAUUUUGUCUUUAAAACCGAGUUCUUAAGGUGUCCCAACCUGUGCCAGUGCUAACCAUAAUCUCAUUUAUUUAAAAUUCAAUCAUGAACUGAUUUGUCCAUCUUGUAAUCAAGGAACUUACUGCUGUCAUUAACUAUCAUUUUGUACUCGUGGGAAAAGCUGCAUUACGUUAAAGAAAAAUCGUAGGGCCUAAGAAGUAAUGUAAUCCGAGGUUAAGUGGCCAGUGGUAAUUGUGAUUCGAGUUCACUUUAAUUUUAGGACUUAAUGGCGAGUAUCUGCCCGAUAAAGUGUCGAUCUGCCCACCCGUGGCGUGGCAAAAAUUACUCUUUGCUACCAUGUAUGUGUUUAUUGUUAUUCUGUAUUUUCUUUGAUUUGUAAAAAUGUACCAGUCUUUUUAUUUGAAAAGAAGUAUUUUAAGAAAGUAGUCUUUUUAAUAACACAUUUUAUGUAGUUCUCAAGUGAGGAAAAAGCUUGAGUAGUGCAGUUCUACGUUCAUUUGAGAUUCGGAAUCGAGCCUGUACAUAUUUUUGGUUUCAGAAAAUAAUAUUGUAUUUUCUUCCACGAGACGUGGAUAAGAAUAUUACAAUAAAUUGCAAAUAAGGAAAAGUUAA